UCAAAGUUCACUAUAUACAGACAUUCGCGCAGAUCCCCCGUUUCGGAAACAUUGCUCUGCUGGUCCUCCCGUUUAAGCGCAUUCAUUUUUUGGGUCUCUCCUUCUUCUUGCAUAUUCUAUUAGUUGUUGGUGUUUUUCCUCUUCUUUUUUUAUCUUUUCUCUUCGUAUCUCCAUUCCUCCUGCUGGAGAGAGGUGAAACUAUACAUGGGCACUUCAUUCGGCGACGCGGUUUUCUUUCGCUGCUGGGCGAGAUGAUGAGGUUUAUUUAAGAAUAUAGAUGUAAAAAUCCAGCUCUUCAGUUUUUCCUCCCCUCCUAUACGGCGAAGACGGGAGCGUAAAGGAGCAAGGGGAAGAAAAGAGAAAGGAAUUUAUCUCCGCAGCACUUUGGAUCGCGUGUCUUUCCAGCAAAAGGUUUUUUUACUCGUUCCUGCGUCCAUGUGAAUCGCUCCUGCCUUUCCUUUGUGGCUAUUUUAUACCAAACUGCAAUUUGUUACGUCUGGACUCGGGUUUUCCUACAAGAUUAGGGAUUCCUGAAUGGCUGACUGCAAUUUACCUUGGAACUGGCCUCCCGAUACUUGCAUAUCCUGAUCGGGUGCCUAUUCAAUCGCCCUCCUGUAUUUUGAAUGUAUUGAUCGCGUUGUACUCCCCUUCUUACCCCAUAUGAGAUUGCGUGCUCCGAUUUGACUUUGCACUGCCCCGUCUUUUGAGAUCUAUUUUUUUUCUCCUCUACGCUUCAUAAACACCGGCGAUCAUUUCGCUUUAUAGCACUUUCCGGGGCCGAGAUAUGGCAAUGGUAGUUAGCGUCUGGCGAGAUCCGCAGGAAGACGUGGCCGGAGGACCUCCGAGCGGCCCCAACCCAGCAGCGCAGCCGGCGAGGGAGCAGCAGCAGGCGGCGUCGGCGGCGCCGCACACUCCGCAGACCCCCAGCCAGCCGGGACCCCCGUCCACACCGGGGACCGCCGGGGACAAGGGGAGUCAAAAUUCUGGACAGAGUCAGCAGCAUAUUGAAUGUGUGGUUUGCGGAGACAAAUCGAGCGGCAAACACUACGGCCAGUUCACCUGCGAGGGAUGCAAAAGUUUCUUCAAGAGGAGUGUACGGAGGAACUUAACAUACUCAUGUCGUGCCAAUAGGAACUGUCCCAUUGACCAGCACCACCGAAAUCAGUGCCAAUACUGCCGGCUGAAGAAGUGUUUAAAAGUGGGAAUGCGGCGGGAAGCGGUUCAGCGAGGACGAAUGCCUCCAACCCAGCCCAACCCAGGCCAGUACGCGCUGACGAACGGGGACCCACUGAAUGGCCAUUGCUAUCUGUCCGGAUACAUCUCUUUAUUGCUCCGGGCCGAGCCUUACCCGACGUCCCGGUACGGGAGCCAGUGCAUGCAGCCCAACAAUAUCAUGGGCAUCGAGAACAUCUGCGAGCUGGCGGCUCGUUUGCUCUUCAGCGCCGUGGAGUGGGCGAGAAACAUCCCUUUCUUUCCCGACCUGCAGAUCACCGACCAGGUGUCCCUUCUCAGGCUGACGUGGAGCGAGUUGUUUGUGCUUAACGCGGCCCAGUGCUCCAUGCCUCUGCAUGUGGCCCCUCUGCUCGCCGCGGCGGGCCUCCACGCCUCCCCGAUGUCCGCGGACCGCGUCGUGGCUUUCAUGGAUCACAUCCGGAUCUUCCAGGAGCAAGUGGAGAAGCUUAAGACCCUGCACGUAGACUCGGCAGAGUACAGCUGCCUCAAGGCCAUCGUGCUUUUCACAUCAGACGCUUGCGGCCUGUCGGACGCUGCUCACAUCGAGAGCCUACAGGAGAAGUCCCAGUGCGCCCUGGAGGAGUACGUAAGGAGCCAGUACCCGAACCAGCCCAGCCGCUUUGGGAAGCUCCUGCUGCGGCUGCCCUCUCUGCGCACCGUGUCCUCGUCGGUAAUCGAGCAGCUGUUCUUCGUCCGCUUGGUAGGUAAAACUCCUAUUGAAACCCUCAUCAGGGAUAUGCUAUUAUCCGGGAGCAGCUUCAACUGGCCUUACAUGUCCAUCCAAUGAUCCUUAUAUGAAAGUGGAAAAAAGAGAGGAAAAAAAAAAGGACCAAAAUUCAGCACCCCUCACCCCAUCCUCCUUCAAGAAGACUAUAUAUAGGACCUUU